AAAAUAUAGAAGAAGAUAAGGAAAAACUAGAAGAUUUAGUUAAUAAAAAUUUGAUAAGCUUAGAAGUUAGAAAUUUAAUCUUUUUGUUUUCCAAGUUAAAGUUCAAUGAAUUUUUAUAUUUAAAUGAAGAGGUUAUACAUAGAAAUAAGGAUUUUGAUAUUAAUGAUCUUAUUAAUAAUUUAGAUUAA